UAUAUAUUAAUAUUACAUUAAAAGGCUAUUUUUUAUUACAUGGAUUGGAAUCGUUUUUUUCUGCAUUUGCAGGCAACAAUGCCGCUGCAUUACUAGAACCGCUUAAUAGUAUUAUUCCUUAUUAUUUGAAUUGUAUUUCUAAAUUAGUAUGGAUACAUUACAUUACAUUGCAGUAUUUGGAGGGAGAGUAUUUUUAAUUUGAAAGGGUGGAGGUGUUUUUCGUCAUUCCCCUUCCGAUAUAAGGGUUUCUCUCCCAGACCCACUCUUCUCAGUAUCCAGUAGCUAGCCGUGGGACAGUGAGUGAGGUUUAUUACCCCGGAGCAAGGAAGAGCAGCCGACUAUCGAGGCCAGGGGAAGGCCUUGUGACAAGCUAGCUUUCGAGGCUUGAUCGUGGAUGCAUGACAUCAAAAUCCACCAGCACACGACUCGGUCAUUAAUCGUUAUUAUUUGUUUUGAAACCGAGUUAGUGUGUUAACCUCAAAUAAAUAAAUAAAUAAAUAAGAUAAUGGAAGACGAAACGCAAGGGGGUUUGUUCUCAGCGGAUAAGCAAAUGUAAGAUGUGGCUGCAUUUUUUAAACUACAAGCUAAACUGAAAGAUUGAAAGUAGAGCACGGAAGAGGGUUGCAGAUGCGCAUUGAAAAACUUUCCACCCGCAAGAGUAUCUGUGUUGGCAUAAGAAAAAAUACAUACGUUAUCAGAAAGUUACGUUUUUUUCAUUUGAACUGUUACGCUAUCGAUUUGGGGUUCUGCCCGGUCUGUGUUGGAAACAUACCAAGUGUCCUGCCUCGCGAUGGGAAGUAUAAACUGAAUCGGAUUGGCUGCAUUAAAAACAAUUAUCUUUUUUGAUAAAUGACUGUAUAGGAAAUCUGGAGCAAGACCGGCCUGUUCGGGGGCAGACAGAUACAUACAUAUUGUGUUAUGUUGCCAGGUUUCGUUAAUAAUGAACGAGUUUGCAGAAGAAUAAACGUCACAUGAGAAUAAACCUUUUCCGCCUGGAUCAACUGUGGGAUUACAAAUACGUUUUUGCUGAUCAUCAAUAAGCAAGAACGCCUCUCUAAUCACACCCCGCUCUCUUGAAUUUUUUUUUUCUGUAGCUCAAUGACGGCUAUCUUUGGUGCGUUGCAGAAUGGAUGGUGUGGUCUGGACUGUCCCGGUUUCUCAGUGUUUGCGACUCCUUUUCUGUGACUGCAUUUUGUUCUUUUCAAACUACAAAAGAACACCUCCUGUCCAGGGCCCAGACCCUUUGCACUGUAAUUGCAUCCAUUGUCCCUACUGAAUUUCCAGGACAAACCUGUUUGGGGGUGGGGUUGUUAGCUGGAAAAGGGGAGUUUCUUGGAAGCGGUUUAGAAUUAUUUUUGUUCUUUUUUUAUUAGACUUGUACAUGCUAGCAAAAAUGUCUGAACACUCAGACAAGAUAUCAACGUUCUUGGUGCCCCCUAAGAACGGGAACGGAUCCUGUUCGGAUACAACUGUGGGGGAGAGGUUGGGGGUGAACCUACUGAAUAACAGACAUGUAGAGGUGGAGUUACGAAAGCGGAGGCACACCAUGGACAAGGACAGCAGAGCCGCGGAGCACCGCUUCUUCCGACGGAGUGUCAUUUGCGACUCCAAUGCCACGGCCCUGGACCUGCCCAGCAAUGCUUGCAUCCUCUCUUCCCCUCCUGAAUCCGAAAGCUCCCUCUCGACUAUCAUUGUGGGGCCCGGCGAGCCCUCUGCGUUGGCCCCCCAGCCCGCAGAGGUGGCGCCAGUGGAGGAAGCCCCUGAGGUGUGCAAUGAGACCAGCAGGCACACAGAAGAAGCAAGCAUGCCUGUCCUGGUGGUUAGCGAUGGGCAGUCGGUGGUGUUCACUCCUGCCAGAGGCAGUGACGCUUGUAACCAUGUCGAGGAGUCUAAGGUCAAUGCUGGGGAUGGCGGUGCUGCAGGCAGCAGUGUUGUGGUUGGGAAACCGGACAAAGGGAAGGAAGUUCUGAAAGAGGGCGGGUUGGGAUUGUCACGAGGGGAAGGGCAAGUGAAAACGGAGGCGGAGCUCCGGGAGGCAGCAGAGAAGAAGCAGCAGCAGGAGGACAAUGAAGAGGUGGAGACCAAGGCGGUGGGGACGUCCCCCGAUGGGCGCUUCCUCAAGUUUGACAUCGAGAUCGGCCAAGGAUCCUUCAAAACCGUCUAUAAGGGGUUGGAUACCGAAACAACUGUGGAGGUGGCUUGGUGCGAGUUGCAGGACCGAAAGCUGACAAAGUCAGAGAGACAGAGGUUCAAGGAGGAGGCUGGGAUGUUGAAGGGGCUCCAGCACCCGAAUAUUGUCCGGUUUUAUGAUUCCUGGGAGUUGACAUACAAGGGGAAGAAAUGCAUUGUACUGGUGACGGAGUUGAUGACAUCUGGGACCUUGAAAACGUACCUGAAGCGGUUCAAGGUGAUGAAGAUCAAAGUGCUGCGCAGCUGGUGCAGGCAGAUUCUCAAGGGCCUUCACUUCCUUCACACGAGGACCCCUCCCAUCAUACACCGCGAUCUCAAGUGUGACAACAUCUUCAUCACCGGCCCCACCGGCUCAGUCAAGAUCGGAGACCUGGGUCUUGCCACGCUCAAACGAGCCUCCUUCGCCAAGAGCGUUAUAGGUACCCCUGAGUUCAUGGCCCCCGAGAUGUAUGAGGAGAAAUAUGACGAGUCAGUGGAUGUGUACGCUUUCGGGAUGUGUAUGUUAGAGAUGGCAACUUCUGAGUACCCAUACUCCGAGUGUCAGAAUGCUGCGCAGAUCUACCGCAGAGUCACCAGUGGAGUAAAGCCUGGCAGCUUUGACAAGGUAGCGAUACCUGAAGUGAAAGAGAUCAUUGAAGGAUGCAUUCGCCAAAACAAAGAUGAAAGGUAUGCCAUCAAGGACCUGCUGAACCACGCCUUCUUCCAGGAGGAGACUGGUGUGCGGGUGGAGCUGGCAGAGGAGGAUGAUGGGGAGAAGAUCGCCAUCAAGCUCUGGCUUCGGAUAGAGGACAUCAAGAAGCUAAAGGGGAAGUACAAGGACAAUGAAGCCAUUGAGUUCUCCUUCGACCUGGAUAGGGAUGUGCCUGAGGAUGUUGCGCAGGAGAUGGUGGAGUCUGGUUACGUGUGUGACGGAGAUCACAAGACCAUGGCCAAAGCGAUCAAGGACCGCGUGUCUCUUAUCAAACGCAAGAGAGAGCAGAGGCAACUGGUGCGUGAGGAGCAGGAAAAGAGGAAAAGGGAAGAGCAGGAAGGAGAGCUGCUUAAAGCACAACAGCAGCAGCAACAACAGCAAGUACAGCAGACCCAGACACCCUCUUCCCAGGCUGGAGUUAACCAGCAGACUCAGUUCAAAGCCCCAGCUCCCCCCACCGCCACCUCCACAGGCCCCCAAAGCCAGGUGGAGCCCGAGGAGCCAGAAGUAGACCAGCACCAGCAGCAUCAGUACCAACAGGCUGGCAUCUCCAUCGCAUCGGAUGGCACAGUUGACAGUGGCCAGGGCUCCUCUGUGUUCUCUGAGUCUCACCUGGGCAGCCAGCAGACUCUCUCUUACAGUUCUCCCCCAGAGCAGCCUGUGUCCUCGGGCCAGGCUCCUGGGUACCCAGCCCCUGGUGGACAGCAGCAGCAAUACCAGCAGCCAGCUGUGCCACAGUCUAUGACGCAUCCGUACGGGGGAGUCCCUGCCCUCCCGGACACACAGAUAUUUUUCCCGACCAUCCCGGAGAGGUCCAUCUCCUUCUCUCCUCCAGCAACCUCCACUCCCAAAAUGACCAAUUACCAGCGCCGCAAGAGCACCUCCAUCUUGGAAGCCCACACCUGCCAGUUUCAGCCGGCCUUCAGGAACUUUAGCCACACCCUUAACCCGAUCGGUGCUGACCCAUUGGCUGGACCUUCAGAUUCCCCUUCUGUGUUUGUCGUGCCGGGGGUUGGACCACACAGAUCAGCCAAUGAACCAUUACACAUGCAAAGCCAAUUGCCGGACCAUCUGUACGGCUACAAAGACGCCAGACCAGAAAGGGCUCACCAAGACGAGAAUCUUUUGCGAUUGAAUCACGCAGCUAUGCUGGCCAGGGGGGUGCAGCCAGUUCAAGACCAAGACCAACACUUGGCGUAUGCAGGCUUCCCUGUGACCUACCCGUUCACCCAACUUAGCCUUCAGCAGCAAGUGCACGCAACGGCCGGCCUCGUAUAUGACCCCUCUCAGAUGGGACAGACCUAUAUCCCAACUCGCACACAGAACGACAUGGCUCAGCUGCCACCGAUGGGUGCAUCUUUCGGACAGUCCCAAGCUGCUUCCAUGGACAGCAGCCCGAGGUAUCAGCAGUUGUCCUUCCCUCUCUCUGCACCACCAGUGAUGGCUACAGCUGUUGACGUUAAUAGUAGAGUUGGCUCUGUUUUUGAGUUUCAUGUUCACACCUUGCCGGGAGACAGCGGGUCUGGUUUCUCCUCAUCCCCACAGAGGAUUUAUCGAAGCCGCCGGAGCUCCAUGGACCUGAAGUUGGAGGACCCGUCAUCCUCCACUUGUUCUCAAGGCCACGGGGUGUGCCGCUGGCUCCAGCCCGUCACAGAAGAACAGUACAACUACAUCAGCCCCGAGCUGCCUCUGCCACCUGGAAACCUGCUGCUCCACAAGGACUGCAGUCCGGAGCUUAGUGGCGACUCCUCUCAGUUCAACUCCUCCGACACCGGGGAGUUUCAGUCCCCUCCUCCCCACACCGCCGCACCCCCCCCUCCCGGCUACCCCAGCAACGUCUCGGCCUCCCAGCCCAUCCCUCACGGCUAUUUCAACGUGAGCUGCGGAAACACACUCCCCCCGCACCCCGCACAGCCAGCCUUCUUUGUUUUUUCCACGGCCGACACACUGUGCUCCUCCGGAGGCCCCGGAUCCCACCUCUGUGUCCUGGAAGGCUCCUGGGCUCAUACCCCAUCAUGCCAACAAGCUGUACAGCAAGACCUGAGUUACUCUGAGCCAGCCAUGGCGCAGGGCCUUCCUUUGGCUCCUGGGCAACAGCCUCCAACCAGUCUCUCCUUACCUGCCACCUCUCAGCCUGGACCAGUCUCCACACAGCAGUAUGGAGGUUACUACACAGCAACGCAACCCCCACAGGCUGCUCCCCAGCAGGCCUCCCUUGGUGGUCCUCCUGCACAGCAGAUGUCGCAAUAUUCAUUCCAGCAGCAGACGCCAACAACUUCCAUUGCAGCUACUCCACCCUCCCUGCAGCUCAACCAGGCGCAGGUUGGCUUUCCUUCGCCUUCUCUUCCUGUCACCAUGGCAGCCAGCCUUAGCCAGCAGCAGCAGCAGCAGCAGUUGCCAGUAAUGAUAGCAGCGCCGAGCGUGCCCGCUGGAUCUCAGGCAGGGCUUCCAGCGCAUGUGCCAGCCCAGCAGCUUGCCUACUCUGUGUCAGCAGUCAGCAUGGGGAAGCUCCUGAUCCAGCCACACCUUCAUCCCAGCGAAAUACUACACCAGGUGCCCCAGAGUGUUUCUCAGUCCAGUGAGCAAAUGCAGGGACUGCAGGCUCAGGGGAACUCCUCUGUGGACAGUGUGCAUUCGGACGUGGCGUCUGGAAUGAGUGAUGGCAAUGAAGGCGCCACAGCCUCCAGCGAGAGACAUGAGGGCAGAUCCACAAAGCGGCACAACCCCAAGUCAGUCCGGAGCCGCUCGCGCCACGAGAAGUCAUCCCGGGCGAAGCUGCGCAUUCUCAGCGUUUCAAACAUACCCGACCGAGUGGCUGAGUGCCAGCUGGAGACACACAACAGGAAAAUGGUUACUUUCAAAUUUGAUCUCGAUGGGGACAAUCCAGAGGAAAUCGCGGAAAUAAUGGUUCAGAGCGAGUUCAUCCUGGAGCCAGAGAGAGACUCAUUCAUCGAGCAGGUGCGCGAGAUCAUUGAGAAGGCGGACGAGAUGCUGAGUGAGGAUGCGAGCGGAGAGCCGGAAGGGGAACCUGGGGGAAACAGAGACAAGGCCAAGAUCCAGAUGGAGUGUGAAUUCAGAGGUCCGGAACCUGCAUUAUUUGUUCCUCGGCAGACAGGUGCCCAGAUGGGCUCUGCUGCGCAGGUGGUCCAUUCAGCCGGUCGCCGGUUCAUAGUGAGCCCUGUUCCAGAGGCCCGUCUCAAAGACCAGUUCUUUGGUCCCACGGCCACCCCUGUUCCUCCUCCAGAUCCUUCCUUAUCCAAGGAGAUGCCAGCAUCGGUUCCAGUGGUUCCCAACAGUCAGGGCUUAAGCCUCUGCCACUCUGCCUCCUCAGUCAGCCUUCAGCAAGCUUUCACUGAACUCCGCAAUGCAGCCUACCAGGAGGGACCCAGCACCGCGCCGCCCAUGGUCAACCUCACCAUGCUGCCCUUCCCUAUCUUAACAGCACUGACCCCAGUCUCCGUGCCAUCCAGCACCCACAUAGCAUCCCCUCCCUCAACCCAGGCAAAGAGCACAGUCAUUGAGGCCGGCUCGAGCUCUCAGCCAGUCCCAACACUGCAGCCCAGCCUUCCAGCUUUGCCCCCUCCUGCUGUUCAACAAAUCACAGGCCAGGGAGUGAGCACACAGGCCACCAUAACCACUCCUUUGUCUCAGUCUGGACAGCAGCUGAUCUACUCCAGUGCUAGCACUUUAUCCCCGCCUCUCACCACACCCCCUCAGCAGCCAAUUAGUGGAGUUCCACCUAGCAUAAGCACACCGGCCUCCAUAGCUCCUCCAGGUGUGACACCACAGCCAGCCCAAGCGGCCCCUCUCCCAUCUCACGCCAGCCUCCCCACUUCAGCAUCCUUCCCAAUGAUGUCCCAGUCGACCCAGCAAGUCCUUGUCAGCGCAGAUUCUCCUCUGGUGCAAACCUCUUCCUCCCUGCCCGGCCCUCCAAUAACCAGCACUGGUCCCCCAGUGCAAGAAUCUCCCCAUCCUGAUGGCUUGCAGCCCAAGCUUCCAACCUCCACCUCUCUACCCAUUGCUGUGUCAGCAUCCCAAGCUUCUGUCUCCCAGCCAUCCUCACAGCCUGCUGUACCCAGUGUGCCUUCAGUCUCCAGUUUGAUACCGGUGGCCACUACCUCCAUCGCAGUGGUCCAGCCGACACUGGUGCACACAGAGUUGCAGCUGGCCUCUGUCCCCAACCAACCGCAUACACACUCCCUGGAGUGCGAAGGGGAGCCUGGCAUCGAUGACAUCAAGACCCUGGAUAAGAUGCUGCACUCUCUCUUCAGGGAGCACAGCACGGCAAGUGACCCGGCCGGAGCUCAGAUCCCAUCCGGGACAGCAUCUGCUGCAGGCUUGUCCAGUGUUUUGGCAGCGCCCCCCACCAGCCUGCCCCUGGGAAGCGCAGGGUUACCCACCAGCACCCCUGUGGUCACCCCCAGUCAGGCUGCCACCCCUGCAAGCUACGUCCAAGCUGGACCCUCAGUGGGCAAGACUGGGACCCCUCCAGCUAAGCCUCCUUUGGGACGGGUACCGGUGUUGCCUGUAGGCACAGAAUUGCAGGCUGGCACUCCGCCCACUGAACAGCAGCACCCCUUUCCAGGACCUACACUAACCCAGUCUCAGCAGCCUUUGGAAGAUCUCGACGCCCAGUUAAGAAGGGCGCUCAGUCCAGAGACGGUCCCAGUUAACACUGUGACUGCUCCGGCUGUAGUGACUUCACCACCAACAAGUGUGUCUGACCAAAGUUAUCCUGCCGGACAGCCUGUUACUGAAACAGGGUCUCGGGGGGAAGAUAGUGGUAGUGUCGUAGCUGCUAGUGCAGGAGGUGAAGUUGUGAAACUUGGGCGCUUUCAGGUGUCAGUGGCACCGGAUGUGGUCUUUUCUCAGUCAAAGGUGGAUGUCAGAACCCGGCCUAGCUCUACAGACUCCACCUCCUCUACCACCUCCUCCAAUUCCUCCGCCUCCUCCACCUCGCUGUUGUCCAGCCCCGAGAACACGCUGGUGAAGCUGCCAGCCCGCCGCAGAGCUGACACAGCUCCGGAUGUGGCAGACGGUCUCGGCCUGCACCCCUUCCCUCACCGGACAGCACAACCCAGCCAGGGGGCCGCCCCACCUACCACUAUCGGCAGGUUCCAGGUCACCACCCAAGCUGACACCAGGGUGGGCCGUUUCUGUGUGACCAAGGCGCAGGACGAGCCGGCAGCAACUGGAGCAGGGAGCGCCUCUACCCCGGCCAGGGAAACUCAGCCUGCCCUGCCCAGCAGGGAGAGCCCCAUGGAGUCAUUCACACAACUCAACGGGCCAUCGCAGCUCCAGGAAGUGUGUGACAGCCUGGGCAGCCCCGGUUCCCCCCAGCUGCAGGGAUCCCUGCCACUACCCAGCCUCAGCAACUCCUUCAACUCCUCCUACAUGAGCAGCGACAAUGACUCUGAGUUCGAGGACGAAGAUCUCAAGAAGGAGCUGCAUCGGCUCAGGGAGAAACAUCUGAAAGAGAUCCAGGCUCUGCAGUCACGACAGAAGCAGGAGAUUGAGUGUCUUUACACCAGACUGGGGAAGGUGCCUCCAGCCGUCAUCAUCCCCGCUGCGGCCCCCCUUUCAGGGAGGCGCAGGAGACCCACCAAGGGCAAGGGGAGCAAGUCCAGCCGCAGCACCCCCCAGGGCAGCAAGAGUCCUCUCCUGCCAGGCACUUUCUCUGCUCAGAGCGCUCCCUCCAUGUUCCCGCCUCAGCACACUCUGCUUCCCCCGGGAGGAGGCCCGGAGACUGGGCACUGCCAGCCACUCAAGCCCUCUCCCUCCAGUGAGAACCUGUGCUCUGCUUACACAAGCGACGCAGCUCUCUCCGUGCCUAGCCUGUCCGCCCCGGCGCAAGCAGGCUGUGCAAAGUUCAGCUGUGGGUCAGAGCGAGUGACCUUCAAAACCGGUGGCCGGAGGACCCGAUUUCUGAGUACGCCCUGCUUGGCUCUUUGGAAGAUGGUGAAAAAAGUGUGCCCCUGCAACCAGCUCUGUAGGACAAGCAGCACGAACGCUGUGAGCGGAGGGGCCCCAGGACAGGCCCCAGUACAGUCCGCCACCCUGCCCUCCACCCGGAAAGGUACCUUCACAGACGACCUGCACAAACUGGUGGAUAACUGGGCUCGCGACGCCAUGAACCUGUCGCAGGGCAAGCGGAGCUCCAAGCAGCAGCAGGGCCACAACUACUGUGAAGUGAUCCCGCCUACCAGCAUGGGAAGAAAGUUCUCUGCCCCGGGGCACCUGUGCCCCAAUAUUACAUCUUCUCUGAGUGGGCACCCGCCCAUCUCUGCCCCCUCCGCUACUUCCUUGGGACCCUACGGGAAGACCCCGUUGUGCCCAACCCCCCAGUACAGCUUCCCCUCCGCUCCUUACAGCACGCAGUGGACUGGCUCUACAGGCCCUACGUUGCAGACGGGCCUCCUCGCCACAUCUCAGCCCCCGGGCCAGUUCAAGCCGGUCACUACGGGCUCGCUGCAGGGCUUUCACAUGAGCAAUCCGACUGGACCAAACCUUCGCACGACGUAGCCAACCCACUCCAGGGACCAGGUGGAGUCCGGCCGAGAGGGGAGAGGUGCAGCACAAGAAGGUGAUGGGAACUUUCUUAUAGAAACCGAGCUGGGUGAUCAACGUUGCUGUUUUUGUUUUUGUUUGUUUUUUUUACCCCAUGCUGCGAGAGGGAGGAAGAAGCAAGAAUCGUCCAGCACUACUUGACUGGAAGAUUUUCAUACUGUCUGUAUAUAUAUAUAUAUAUAUAUAUAUAUAUAUAUAUAUAUAUAUAUAUAUAUAUAUAUAUAUAUAUAUAUAUAUAUAUAUAUAUAUAUAUAUAUAUAUAUAUAAUCUCUCAUACACACACACACAGCUGGGGUUACUCACGUUUGGUCUUCCCAACCUGAGGUUUCUCACAAAGAAGUGAAUGAAUAAAUAAAUGAAAUGGACAGAAGGAUGCAAUAUUUAGUGGCCAAAGAUGGUGGCUGUUAUUUCUGUAUCAGAGCAGUAUGGGUUAGAACAGGGCUGUCCAGUCACGGUCCUGGAGGGCCAUUCCACUCCGUGUUUAAAUAUUUCAGGGUCUGGAUGGAGACUUAAUUGAUUCAAUUGUAACUAUUUAGAACAGGGUUGGAACAAACACCAGGAGUGGAAGAGCCAACUUCGGACGGCCCUGGGUUAGAAUCUUAAGCUGAAGGCUGUGUGGUUACUUAAGAGUUCAAUAUUUUUUUGAGUCGCAGAUAAUACAUGCAGAUAGAUUCUAAACUCCUCGAUCCCUGCUUCCCUCCUCCACCACCUUGUCCAGAAUGAAAACAAUCAGGCAUUUAAGGAAAUGAAAAUGGGUGUCAGUACACUAACUAUUGCUCCAUGGAUCCAGUACUGGAUCAGUAAAAAGGAUACAGACAGACACUGCUAAUUCAGUAGGUUAGAUACAAGCUGGAUCAGUAGAGAUCGGGAUUUCAUUGCCUGAUCUCUAACAGGUUUGCAGUUUGUUGCGUUAAAAUAAAUCUCCCUAACAAACUGUGUUUAGCGCCAUUUUUCAUUUUUAACGAGCUGGUGUAAAGUUCAGGGGAAGUGUUCAAAAGGGACUGGAAGUGUUUGAAAGCAAACCAGAGAAGGAGGGUCAGAGUUGGAAUUAAUUGCUUUUUCAAAUGGUUUCACUGCUUCUUCCAGGCUUGGGGUGUGGGGUGAGGAGAGACUUGCUGGGCUCUGGUGUUGUGAUUCUUAGUGCUGGUUAUGAUGCAGGUCAGUUACAGUAAAGUGGUUUCAGUCCUCUGUCACACAUACGACCAUCAGCUGCAUGGUGUAUGAAAGCAGUCAGCCUCUGCCGAUGCUGCUUGUGAUGUCAUUUAAGCUUUAAAUCUAUAUAUUACUAAUGGCAACAGCUUUUAUAAUCAUGACAGCAGUAGGGGGCCUAUAUAAAUAGUUGGGUUUAAAUGUAUAUUAAAUAAAUAAGUUAAAUAAAUAAGUGUUCUGUGCGGACAUGUAUUUACCCAUCAGUUUUUGAUGUUGAAACACUGUGAUUAUAUAAAUGUUGUUGGACAACAUUCAUUAAAAAAAUUAAUAAAAAUGUGCAACUUAGAGGGUUAUUAAAAAAAGGAAUAAAAAUAAGGCUAGCUCUAUCCAUAUAAAGUACUUAUUGGAGACACUUUAACUUUUAUUUCUUUGUACUUUCUUUGUUAGAUAAAUAAAUGUGAAUGUAAAAUGGAUUAAAUUAAUGUACUUGAAUAACUUUUCUCUUCCUUUCCCCCUGACCCCAGUAUGCUUGCUGCAUUUGUAGUGCCUUGUACUUUGUUUUAUUUCUUUUUUUUUUCUAAUUUUGGCUGGAAUAUUUGAAGCACUUGCAGUAGCACUUGGGGCUUGUACUUUGGGGGGAGGAGGCUUGAUGAAAUGAUCAGGAGUUGUUACUAGUUUGUGGUAUAAGGGGGUGGGAUUUGUUUCAGUGCCAAUGCUCGUCUUAGUCGUAAAGCGUAGAUCAAUGCUAGUUAGAAACCGAAUGCAAGGAUACAGCAGAUGAACACCUGGACAGCACACAGUGUUAGAAAAUAGGCUUGGAAGGAAGCUCGGCACAGAUUGUAUGGAAAGCAUUUUCACUUGUGAAAUGAGACGGCGUAAUCCAGUCUUGUUUUUUUGUUUUUUUAUGUGUUUUUGCAUUAAAGAUUCAUUCUUUGAGAAAAAAAGUACAUUGGGUUUAGAACAGUUUACCAUAUCCAGAUUUUAUCAAUACAGGUAGUAACAGGUUGUCGAUACAACAUUAGAAUUCGGUUCCGAACAUUGCUCUUGUGAAAAUUAAAAAAGAUUCCUGAAGCAGUUUCCACAGAUUUCUGCAAAAAAAACUAAUUGAAGUGUCAAAAACCUGAGUUACAUGUAUACUCUGAAUGAAUUCGCAGCAGCCUUGGGGAGGGAAUUAAGCAGUGUGAAAAAGGUAUUUGAUUUGAGGUUGAAGGAAGUUUAGAAGCUAGUUCGAUGUGUAUGUCAAGGUGAGUGGUGGAGUGGACAGAGGGUUAUUGUGCAGUAGUGUCUAUUUAUCCUGUAGGUUGCUUGGGGUGGAAAAGUGAGUUAGAGAGUAAGUAGCAGGGUUCUGAAAAAGUGUUAUACAUCCCAAUGUGUUGCUACAAUUAUAUGUAUGUAAUUUGUAGGAACACAUUGGGACGUAUAACACUAUUUUUCAUAAUUUUUGAAUAACAUACCUGUAAUGUUCCCUUUCAUUGUUAACAUCCUGACAACUUUUUCCACUUAAAACUUUAGCCAAUUUCAAAGCCCUUUUCAAAAUGGCCGCUCUGGUGCACUGGUAUUUGAGAUCUGUCCUCUAAAUCACUGCAGGAAGAUUGAUUUUGGGGGGAAAGAAGUGCUUUACUUUUCUGUUCCAUACCACAGCAUGGAUCGUUAUUGCUGUGUUACCUGUUUUGACAAUGUGGGCAACAGUUCUUACACUAUCAGUGCACUAGAGCAGACAUUUUGAAAAUAGCUUUGAAACACUUUAAAGUUAUAAAUGUAGAAAGUUAAGAGAAAUUACAGGCACAUUAUUGAAACAGUUGCAGUAACACGUGGAGUCGGGUAACCCUGUUACUUCCUCUUUAAGCUUGUGUGAAUAAAAAUAUAUAUAUUUUUUUCUGGUGAGGUUCAGUCAUUGCUUGGGGUUGUUUGUUGAGGGUUGAAAUGGCAUGUUGUGUAGAUUAUUAGAUUUAGAAAGCACUUUUAAUAUUUUCCUUCAGUGUGUUUAGGAGUAGGAAACUGAGUGGGGAAGCAUCAGCACCUGUUUAGGCAAAGUGGGUUCUUGGUGUUUCACAGAAUACACCUAUCAAAUUAUCGUUUGUGCGAGGGUUAUCAAAAUGCAAAACAGAACAGGACAUUCUCCCACAGGAGACUGUGCUUUUAGCAAUGCCAGAGCAGAAUGCAUUAUAAGUAUAUUCAUGAAUUCAUUUUCUUUUACUUGCCGUAUAUCUAAGCAUGCAAAUCAAUGCGGUUACUGGAGGAUUAUUUAUUCCAAAUAAGCAUGCUACAGAUUCUCUGGCUAGCCCGUUCUCAACAGGCCAGUGCUAAUAGAUCGAGCAAUCUGUUUAUUUUGCCUGCUGUAUCCUAAAAGUAUGAUCAUUUUCUGUAUUGCAUUGUAGGAUAUGUUCUGCUGUGGGUUGUAAGGAAAGACUUUGUUGUAUUCAGUCCAGGUAUUGUGUAAUCAACUCAGAGGCUGCUGAGAAUUCAUUCAAAAUGUCUGUUAUUCAAUCUCAUGCUGGCACAUUUUAAAAGCUUGGAACAAUCUUUCAUGAAGCUAUAUCCACCUGCCUGUAUUUCAAUUAAAGAUUUUUAUUUACAGCCCCUAAUACUGCAAGCGAUUUUAUAGUAAAAUAUUGGACACCAAUAACGUAAUGACCGACAGUUGUUGGGUUUGUUUGCAAAGGUGUAGGCAAUACAAACCUUCUAACCUCCGAUCUUGCACCUUGCUUUCAGUGAAUCAUUAAUACUGGUGGUUCAGGGGCCUAUCACUUGAAACUGGGUAUGUGUAAAAUAGAAUAUCAUAGUUCACUUUCUAUGUGGGUGUUUGCAUGUUUGUUUGUUUGUUUGUUUGUUUGUUUUUGAGUUUCCACCACUUUUUGCUUGUAUCAUUGCUUUUUCUUGAUAGCGAUACCCUUUCCAGAGAAAUACUAAAGAUCAGUACAGUAUUACAGAACAGAUUUUUUUUUUUUUUUUUUUUUUUAAAGCUGUGAAAAUCCUCCAAAUCAAACAAACACACAAACCACUUUAUUUGUGUUUUUGCUAAUUUAAGUACAGAAAAUCACAAGUGCCAUUCCUUGUAGGUAAGAGACUUGGGUUUAACCUGCAAAUCUAAACUACUAGGUAAAUCAAAUAACUUGUUUUUACUUUUUAAAGAGUAAUACAAUGGCUGAAAUGCAGAAGAAUAUGCAAUAAAACAUGUUUUUUGAUGGUUGUGCAUGCUGUCAGUUUCCUGGUUCUUUGCUGUUUGUAAAUGGAGGGAUGUUACUGAGUUUCAGAAUGAGCAUUUGCAAUUCUACUUCAUUAGAAUGCAGAUUCUGCUAUUCUUGAUAAUGUGGAUUAUUAUUAUUAUUAUUAUUAUAUUAUUAUUAUUAUUACUAUAUGCCUUUCAGUAAAGAAUGCUUUCUGCAGAGUGCUGGUGGCUGGAAAUGAUAUGCAAUGCAUUAUAAGGAAACCCCAAGUUUUCAGUGGUAAAGCAUUUGUAUUAUAAGCACUGGCUUAAUAUUCCAAAACAAGCUAAAAAGAAAAUUCAAAUCAAAACUUGUCCUGUGGAAAUAAAUAAAAGAAAAAACAAAAUACUGUCACUUAAUGCUAAUGAGCUAUCAUUAAGUUAUGUUGUGUUUUUGUAUUGCAAUAUCUUGUUACUGUUUUUUUUUUUUGGGGGGGGGGGGGGGGGGGUCUCUGGAUCUGUCAGUGGCUGCUAAAGUCAUUAGGAAGGCUGUUUUACUAUUUAACAUUGUACAAAAGGUAAUAAUAAUAAUUAGAGAAUCCUCGGCAACAUCUAAUUGUAUAUUUGCACUAAAUAAAGGGUGUUCAAGCUUCAUGUAAGAUUGCGCUUUGCGCUACAGUAAAAAUUUGUUACCUUCUUUGUAGACUUAUUAAACAAAAUCAUUAAAAUAAAUGAUUAAUUUUGA